GAAAGCGAAUAGUCAGUCAGAUUGGCAUUGCAGCAGCACUAAGUACAGUCCUUCAGAUACACUCCAAGGACUUUCUCUUCAAAAAGGAACUUGGGGGAUUUCUCAUCACUAGACUCCAGCUGAUGUGUUCAUAACUCGUAUUCAGAAGUGAUUGUGUAUUUUGUUUUGUUUUCUUUCCUGGUGUGGAUACGCAGCUGGUCCUUCAGAUUCAACAUGUAGAUGGUUUAUGUGCGGUGCCUCCUGCCCUGUUGCCUGGACAAUUAUUUGCUUCCAAAGAGAAUGUCUAGCUCUCGCAGAGACUUCGAUGUCAAACAGAUUUUGAAAAUCCGAUGGAGGUGGUUCAGUCAUCAGGCUGCUCCUUCCGGCAAUGUUGGUGGCGUACGUCAAGAGCACAUUACGAACGGCGAGCAAAACAUUUCGUCUGUCGAGAGAAAGUUUUUAGAUCCAUGUAGACUGGCUCUGCCUUUGCCGUCGCUCAGUUACAGAAGAAUUAGCAGUCAGGACGUCACAGAUUUACCUGCAUGCCCAAUGGCUUCAGCCUCCGAGGUCACCGUCCCUUCCAUCGAGUUUACAACAGAUGCCUCCGAUGGAGCACAUUUCCCUAGCAAACCCCAAGCCGAGGAUGGUGUUAGCGAAGAGGAAAACGAAUCAGAAAGCAGUUCAUGCAGGACUUCGAACAGCAGCCAAACAUUGUCGUCCUGCCAUACCAUGGAGUCAUGCGCCCCAGAUGAAUUCUUCCAGUCCCUCAACCAUGCCGAGCAAACGUUUAAGAAGAUGGAGAAUUACCUCCGGCACAAACAGCUGUGUGAUGUGGUCCUGAUUGCUGGAGAUCGCAGGAUUCCUGCACAUAGGCUGAUUCUCUCGUCUGUUUCGGACUACUUUGCCGCCAUGUUUACCAGUGAUGUCAGGGAGGCGAAACAGGAAGAGAUCAAGAUGGAAGGAGUGGAACCUAAUGCACUCUGGGCAUUAGUGCAAUAUUCAUACACAGGUCGACUUGAGCUAAAAGAAGAUAACAUCGAAUGCCUGCUGUCUACGGCGUGUCUCCUGCAGCUGUCUCAGGUGGUGGAAGCCUGCUGCAAAUUCUUAAUGAAACAGCUCCAUCCCUCCAACUGCCUGGGUAUUCGCUCCUUUGCUGACGCACAAGGAUGUACCGAUCUCCACAAGGUGGCUCAUAAUUACACAAUGGAGCAUUUCAUGGAAGUAAUCAGGAAUCAAGAGUUUCUGUUGUUGCCAGGAGGAGAGAUUUCUAAACUUUUAGCUAGCGAUGAUAUGAAUAUUCCCAACGAAGAGACCAUUCUUAACGCCUUGCUAACAUGGGUCCGCCAUGAUGUGGAACAGAGACGGAAAGACCUUAGCAAAUUGCUGGCGUUUAUCAGGCUACCACUACUGGCACCCCAGUUUCUUGCAGAUAUGGAAAAUAAUGCACUAUUUAGAGAUGAUCUUGAAUGUCAAAAACUAAUUAUGGAAGCCAUGAAAUACCACUUGUUGCCUGAGAGGAGGCCCAUGUUACAGAGCCCUCGCACCAAGCCUCGGAAGUCUACAGUCGGCACACUGUUUGCUGUUGGUGGAAUGGAUGCUACCAAAGGAGCUACAAGUAUUGAAAAGUACGAUCUCCGCACAAACAUGUGGACUCCCGUAGCCAACAUGAACGGCAGGAGGCUGCAGUUUGGUGUGGCUGUCCUGGACGACAAGCUAUAUGUUGUGGGUGGCAGAGAUGGAUUAAAGACCCUUAACACUGUUGAAUGUUAUAAUCCUAAAACAAAAACCUGGAGUGUAAUGCCACCAAUGUCUACGCAUAGACACGGCCUCGGGGUAGCAGUUUUAGAGGGACCCAUGUAUGCUGUAGGCGGCCAUGAUGGUUGGAGCUACCUGAAUACUGUAGAGAGAUGGGACCCGCAGGCACGGCAGUGGAAUUUUGUCGCCAGCAUGUCAACCCCGAGGAGCACAGUUGGUGUUGCUGUGCUAAGUGGAAAGCUUUAUGCCGUGGGUGGCCGUGAUGGAAGCUCUUGCCUAAAAUCUGUAGAAUGCUUUGAUCCUCACACCAACAAGUGGACCCUGUGCUCACAGAUGUCCAAACGAAGAGGAGGGGUCGGAGUCACUACCUGGAAUGGAUUUUUGUAUGCAAUAGGAGGGCACGAUGCACCUGCUUCCAAUUUAACAUCCCGGCUCUCAGAUUGUGUGGAAAGGUAUGAUCCCAAAACAGACAUGUGGACAUCGGUGGCCUCGAUGAGCAUUUGUCGAGAUGCAGUAGGAGUGUGCUUGUUGGGUGAUAAACUCUAUGCCAUUGGUGGAUACGAUGGACAGAGCUAUCUCAAUACGGUGGAGGCGUAUGAUCCUCAGACAAAUGAAUGGACACAGGUUGCUCCAUUGUGCCUUGGAAGAGCCGGUGCCUGCGUAGUGACCGUAAAACUAUGAUAUGGAAUUUUAUGUCGGUGUGCACAGACUCUCACAUUCCCAAAGAGAUUCACUUUAUUACUGCUUUUUAAUAUUCACAGGUUUUAUUGUGAAUGGAAAAUAUACAGCACAAUAUUUAUCAUAUUUUAGGAUCUUCUAUCCAAAUCUUCCAGAAAUUAUUUAUCUAUGUUAAACUAUAUUUAUUCCCAGCAUAAUGAAGGCAACUUUAGGCAAAGAUACUUAUUGGCGAGAUCUAUUUUCUCUAAGUAUGUACCAUUUUGGAGAGACAUGUUUCUUUAGCACAAGGUUAUAGAUCAAGCGUUUCAGGUCUUCAACUGCAAGUUUAUAU